UUCAAUAUGCCCAAACUAACUCCCGAGAAUGCAGCACACAUGAACAAACACCAUUCAGCAUUUGUGUGCAGCUCAAACUCCAACUCCCCAUUCCCUAUUAGAAUGCAUUAUUAUGUAUUUUUAAGCUCACAAUGGAACAUUGCAGAAAUGGACACUAGUUAUGAAGGUGGUGGUGGAGAAUUUGACAGGAACACUGUUCUAUGUCCAAGUGGGCAAUGAUGCCACGGUGGAAGAUCUAAAGAGGGAAAUUGAGGCACAGCAGAAGCUCCCCUGUGACCGUUUGAUCCUUGUUCUUGAUGAUGAUUGUGGCCUUCUGAUGAGCAAAGAGGAAGAGAAGGCUUCUCUGGUUGAUUGUGGAGUCCAAGAUGGGUCCCACAUUUACCUCUUCUUCAAUCCUGUUGAUGAUGAGGCCAAUGAACAUUUUGUGUUCACUAGCCCUGAUUCUGUUCUGAGUUAGACCCACCAAGCUGCAAUUACCCUUUCCCUUUUCAUUUGUUAGAACUUUAAUUUUUUAUUUUUCUAUACAUUCUGAUUUACUUGAUUACAAUAUAAUGUUGUCUUUUAAAUUUAGCAUAUUGUAUUUUUUUAGAUGAUUUUAAAGAUAAAGGCAUGGUUUUCCAA